AUGAUUUCUGAAAACCUCUAUACCCUAUUAUCGGAGCUUAAUGCUGGAGAUCCCGUACAGGAUGAUGAAGAACUUGACGACUCGGACUGGGACGAGCAUAGUGCGGACUCAUCUGACGACGAAGACGAAGACACUGACGAUACACCUGGGCGCCAACGAGAGCCGAGUGAUCCACCGCACAAGAUUCGCACACGCAACUUCAGAAACUAUCUAGCACAACAAGGUGACAUUGCUUCUCGGGUCAAAGAAGUACUUGGCUAUAUGCUAGAGAAAAAGCUGUACCUGCCUCUGCUUCUCUGGGCCUUGAGCUGGAAUGUACCUGAACUGAUUGCGGAUCCUCUGGCGAAAUUCGAAUGCACUGCACUCAUGAUCAGCGAUGAACUGGGAGACUUGCUCGGAAAAUGGUUCAAGCCUCCUCGUGGACACGGACGCGGCAUCAAGACGAAAGGCGCGGCAAGCGCGAUCAAUACAUUCGCAGUCAGUUGCAUCAAAAAUACAAUACACCGGGAAAUGGCGCGCGUCGGAAAAGUCAUGAGAACGAACGAAAAGUCGAGGUAG